AUGGCCGGCCGUGCGCUGCUGUUGGUGUGCGUCCUCUGCGCGUUGUGCUGCGCCGCCGGCGGGGGCUGGGCGUGGGGGGAGGGCUACUGCAACGAUGCGCAGUGGAAGUUUUUGAAGGCGGCUGGCCCCGAUAAAUGUUACACUGAACUUCUGCAGGAGUUCUGUGGCAAUGAGACGGAGUUUGUGGCGCGAGCCAUGAAGAAUGCCACUGAGCUUGAGAAGGGCGUUUCGUGUGGUGCGGAGUUGCGGCGCCAAGCUGCCGUUGGUGAUGAUCAGGGUGGUGGCUCACGUGCCGGGACGGGUCACGGUGCUGCAGCGCCUCCGCAACCGGGUGGUGCUGCCAGCAGUCAGGCGCAAGAAGCCAAUGGACAGGAUGGCAAAGGCACUCUAGGGCCCGGUGCCGUAUUGCCAUCGGCACCGACUGCAGGGCAACCAGAGGCACCGCCGACACCACCAAAGCCGCCAACGCCAGCGCCAACUGAAGUGCCAGGGGAAGCAGGGAAGGAGAUGGCAUUGGGGAGGGCUCCUUCGAAGGAAAAUGGUGUCAAGGAGAGUGUGCCCAGUGAUAAUAAAGCUGACGGCGGUGACGAGAAAGCUAAGCCCAAGGAAGCUGUGCCGGCCCCAGCUGACCCAAGUAAUACACCGGGUGGAAGGGCAGUGGAUGCAGCUCAACCCACUGCCCCUUCGGGCGGCGGUGGGACUUCAGGCGGACAGGCUGGAAAGGAGGCUGAGGCGAUUGUCGAAGAUUCUGCAGGGCCUGCCGCCGCGGCGGCCCCAGGAGCCCAACAGCAAGGUGUAGCUGCCGCUGGCACACCGACGAGCAGCGACAAGGAGCCGCCGCCCACAGCAGAGGACACCGCCACUGAGGUCAGUCGCCCAGCGACGACGACUGGCGGUGGCAGCAGCAGCACCGCGGUGCAGCCGCAGCCGGCGAGUUCCGUGGGGACAAACGAAGCUGGUCAGCGAGAACAGGAGCAGCCCACAGUCACCACCUCCAAUCAGGAAACGGAAAGGAGUGGUGAGAGAGGAGAAGCCACUCAGCCGGCAGCGGGGGAGGCUCCUCAUGCGUCGACCACCACCACCAACUCGACGAGUGCAGCGAAGGCGGCUUCCGGCGACAGCGACGGCAGCAGCGGCACCGCGGCGUCGCACUCCGCCUCCCCCCUUGCGCUGCUUCUUCUGCUUGCGAGUGCGGCCGCCGCUGCGGUGCUGGUCGCGUGA